AGGACAUGCUCUGGGCACAGGGGGAGCGCCCCACUCCUGCUGGCUGCUCAGGAAUCCAGCAGCUGGCUCGCUGUCACCGCGAGCAGGAGCGUGGGGACCGGCCGGGCUGCGGUGACCUGCUGGCAUUGCCUUACAUGGCUGCGUCCCCAGGACACGGCCAGCUGCGAGGCACCGGGCCCGGCACUGGGGCGUGCUGUGGUUGUCCCGGGCUGGGGGGCUGCCAGCAGCACCUCCAUUGUGCCAGUGAGCUGAUGGCAGGUCUGUGCUCCCUGUCUCCUCUGUGCAAUGCCAGGUCCCUUCCUGCUCCCAGUCCCAAAUGCCACCUUGUGCUCUCCCAUCACAGUGGCCCUAGUGUGCUGGUGGCCAAUGGAGAUCAUUGAGUCCUAGAACACGAGUUGGAACAAACCCACAAGGACCAUGAAGUCCAGCUCCUGGCCCUGCACAGACACCCCAGCAAUCCCCCCCUGUGCCCGAGAGCGCUGUCCAAACGCUCCUGGAGCUCUGGCAGCCUUGGGGCCGUGCCCAUUCCCUGGGGAGCCUGGGCAGUGCCCAGCACCCUCUGGGGGAAGAACAUUUUCCUAACAUCCAACGUAAGAAGGCACCGUGUCCCUGGUCACCGCAGAGGUCCCUGGCAGUGUCCCUCCGCGCCGAGCUGGGGGGCAUGAGGGGCACACAGGGCACCCACGCUGGCAUCUCAGUCCGUGCCGUGCCAUAACGCCCAGUGAGCACAGGAGAUCCUUCCCAGGCGGAGCCGUUACUGCUCCCCGGCCCCGGGCAGGGGCCGAGCCGGCCCCGCUGCAGCCGAGGGCACCGAGAGCCGGUCUGACGGCGCCGGGCGGCUCUGCCGGUUCCCGCCCGCACACGGGAGAUGCUCCGGGAGACGGGCGGAACCAAAACGCCGCGAUUUGUCCCCGCGGCGGGGCCGGGCUGCGCGGGGCUCGGGGCUCGCCGCCCCUCGCAUACAGACCCCGAUACACGGGGUGAACCUCGCAAACCGGCCCGGGGGGCGGCCGGGACCCGGCAAAGCCCCGUGCCCCCCUGACCCGUCCCGUCCUACCGCGCUCCGCCCCGUCCGGUGGGCGCAGGAACGCCUGCAGCGCGCUCCGCCCCGCCGCGCCCAGCGCGGGGGCUUGCUGCACCGGGGCUGGGCCGAGUCAUGCCGUGCAAAACCCGGGAGCCGUGCCGAGCCAUGUCGUGCAGAUCCCUAGAGCCAGGCCUAGCCAUGCCGUGCGGAUCCCGGGAGCCGUGCCGAGCCAUGCCGUGCAGAUCCCUAGAGCCAGGCCUAGCCAUGCCGUGCGGAUCCCGGGAGCCGUGCCGAGCCAUGCCGUGCAGAUCCCGGGAGCCGGGCCGAGCCGUGCCGUGCGGAUCCCGGGGCCCGAGCCGUGCCGUGCCGCGCGGGGCUCUCCCAGCAGCGGCGCUGGGGCUGCGGGUGCUGGUGCUGAGCGCGGCGCUGGGCGCGGGGGCGGUCCGGGCUCAGCCGCCUCCCUUCCCUUUCUGGGACCCCUCGCUGCCCUGGCAGCGCCGCCUCGAUGACCUGCUGGGCCGGCUGAGCCCCGCCGAGCUGGUGCUGCAGGUGGCGAGGGGGGGAGCGAUGGGGAACGGCCCCGCGCCCCCCAUCCCGCGGUUGGGCAUCGCGCCCUACAACUGGAACACGGAGUGUCUGCGGGGCGACGGCGAGGCGCCUGGAUGGGCCACGGCUUUCCCGCAGGCAUUGGGGCUUGCCGCAGCCUUCAGCCCAGAACUCAUCUACCGUGUGGCCAACGCCACUGCCACUGAGGUGAGAGCCAAACACAACAGCUUUGCUGCUGCCGGCCGCUACAGUGACCACACCGGGCUCAGCUGCUUCAGCCCUGUCCUGAACAUCAUGAGACACCCGCUGUGGGGCAGGAACCAGGAGACCUAUGGGGAGGACCCGUUCCUGAGUGGGGAGCUGGCCCUCAGCUUUGUGCAGGGGCUGCAGGGCCAGCACCCCCGUUACGUUAAGGCCAGCGCUGGCUGCAAACACUUCAGCGUGCACGGUGGCCCUGAGAACAUCCCUGUCUCCAGGCUAAGCUUUGAUGCCAAGGUGCUGGAGCGGGACUGGCGCAUGACCUUCCUGCCCCAGUUCCAGGCAUGUGUGCGUGCUGGCUCCUACAGCUUCAUGUGCAGCUACAACAGGAUCAAUGGCGUUCCCGCUUGUGCCAACAAGAAGCUGCUGACGGACAUCCUGCGUGGAGAGUGGGGCUUUGAUGGCUACGUGGUGAGCGACGAGGGGGCUGUGGAGCUCAUCAUGCUAGGGCACCACUACACACACAGCUUCCUGGAGACAGCGGUUGCCUCGGUGAAUGCUGGCUGCAACCUGGAGCUCUCCUAUGGCAUGAGGAACAACGUCUUCAUGCACAUCCCUCAGGCUCUGGCCAUGGGCAACAUCACACUGCAGAUGCUGCGUGACCGAGUCCGGCCCCUCUUCUACACACGGAUGCGGCUGGGGGAGUUUGACCCCCCAGCCAUGAACCCCUACAGCUCCCUGGACCUGAGUGUGGUGCAGAGCCCUGAGCACCGCAACCUCUCCCUGGAAGCUGCUGUCAAGAGCUUUGUGCUGCUGAAAAAUGUGCGGGGGACACUGCCCCUGCGGGCCCAGGAUCUGCUCAGCCAGCACCUUGCGGUCGUGGGUCCCUUUGCUGACAAUCCCCGGGUACUGUUUGGGGACUAUGCACCAGUGCCAGAGCCUCAGUACAUCUACACUCCCCGGAGAGGGCUGGAGAUGCUGGGGGCCAAUGUCAGCUUCACAGCGGGCUGCAGAGAGCCACGGUGCAAGCAGUACUCACGGGCAGAGCUGGUGAGGGUGGUGGGGGCAGCUGAUGUGGUGCUGGUCUGCCUGGGGACAGGGGUAGAUGUGGAGACAGAGGCAAAAGACCGGAGUGACCUGUCCCUGCCGGGGCACCAGCUGGAGCUGCUGCAGGAUGCUGUGCAGGCAGCCGCUGGGCGCCCCGUCAUUCUGCUGCUGUUCAACGCGGGGCCCCUGGACGUGAGCUGGGCUCAGGCACAUGACGGCGUGGGGGCCAUCCUGGCCUGCUUCUUCCCUGCCCAGGCCACGGGCUUGGCCAUUGCCAGGGUCCUGCUGGGCGAGGCGGGGGCCAGCCCGGCUGGCCGGCUGCCGGCCACUUGGCCUGCAGGCAUGCACCAGGUGCCACCGAUGGAGAACUACACCAUGGAGGGACGGACAUACCGGUACUAUGGGCAGGAGGCCCCGCUCUACCCUUUUGGCUACGGGCUGUCCUACACCACCUUCCGCUAUCGGGACCUGGUGCUGAGCCCCCCAGUGCUGCCCGUCUGUGCCAACCUCUCUGUGUCUGUGGUGCUGGAGAACACAGGACUGCGGGACAGCGAGGAGGUGGUGCAGCUGUACCUGCGCUGGGAGCAGUCCUCCGUGCCGGUGCCCCGCUGGCAGCUGGUGGCUUUCCACCGUGUGGCCGUGCUGGCCGGCCGAGAGGUCAAGCUGUCCUUCCAGGUGCUGGCCGAGCAGCGCGCGCUCUGGGCGCAGGACUGGCGCCUGGAGCCCGGCACCUUCACCCUCUUUGCUGGAGGGCAGCAGCCAGGCCAGAAGAUGCGGGCACCCUCGGAGGUGCUGAGCGCACAGUUCAGUGUCACCGGCACUGCCCGGCCCUUACGCAUGUGUUAGCAGCGAGGGUGGGCACAGGGUGCUGGCAGAGGAAGGGAUGUGAGGUACCCCGCGAGGUACCCGUGUGCCGCGGGCAGUGUUGUGGUUCUCUGCCCUGCAAUAAAGUGCUGGUGCUCCGUG